GGGCAAUGAGGUAAUCCGGAUUGUUUCAAAAAUUUCGAAGAAAACGUGGGAAUCUAGAUGCCCAAUUGCCCACGUUUAGAAUUCCCAAUAACCUUACGAGAUUACCUCAAACCAAAUGCUCUUGAGAAAUGAAAACCACUCCUGCUCAUGCUAAAUGUUGAUUGUUUAUAUCUCUGUAACUUCUCUAUUCUUGCACUUUCCCUUCUUUGCAUUCCACAAUAGGUUGCUGUGCUCACUCGCUCUUUACUGCUCGCCCCCUUUUCUUCUGCCCAAAAAAGAAUUCACUGGGGAAAUAAAGAUGUCUAGGUUUCGUUCACUAUUGCAAGCUUCCCUUACUGCAACAAAAAGAGCACUUACAUGGAACCUUGAAGACUUAAUUCCUCCGAGUGAAAGAUAUAUUUUCAAUUUCAAUUCGAAGGAUGAACUGAAAAAGUGGCAUUUGUAUUCAGAUUCUGAAUAUGGAGGUCUUUCAUCUGCAUCUCUGGAGAUUAAAGAUACUACUAAUGGAUCUAGCACUGUUGAUCUUUCAUCUGCAUCUCUGGAGAUUAAAGAUACUACUAAUGGAUCUAGCACUGUUGGGGUAUUUUCUGGGAACCUCUCUUUGGAUGUUGCCGAGGGUUCAAAAUGGAAUAUGACUAGAAGUGGCUUUUGCGGAAUGCGGUCUAAAAAGUUUGAUGGCUUCAUCGAUUUGGACGCAUAUGACACAAUAGCACUCAAACUCAAAGGAGACGGGAGGUGCUACAUCUCUACUAUUUACACACAGAAUUGGGUGAAUUCUCCUGGGCAAGAGGAAGAUAACUCAUGGCAAGCAUUCGUGUUUGUACCUAAAGACAGCUGGUACAUAGCUAAAAUACCCCUUUCCAGGUAUGCGCCAACGUGGAGAGGGAACUUAAUCAACGCGGAGAUGGAGAUGAAUCCUUCUCGAGUUCUUGGCAUGUCUCUAUCUGUCAAUGCUGAAGGCGGAGUGCCAGGCGCAAAGUCUGGGGCGGGCGAUUUUCAUGUGGAAAUUGAUUGGAUCAAAGCCUUGAGAACAGAAUGAGCAAGACUGAAGUAACUUUCAGAACUGGGAAACUGGAGUUGCAAGGAAAGGAUGAAACUUCAAUAUUUAUGUUUCCUUUCAUAUGCACUCCAUUUUGUGAUAGCAAUAAAAUAGAUGGUUGAGGAUUUUUUUUUUUUUUUUUUUUUUUUGGACUAUUGUGUUUACACAUGUAAAUCCAAGAUUCAAUUUUGAUUUGCUUUGGGAUAUAAAAACAGCCCAAAAAUAAUUUUACAAAG